GUUGUUUCUUCUUCCAGAGCGUUUGUUUCGUCGUUGUGCUGCUGCUGCAAUCCUGUACAUUACAUUUGGCCAUAUACCAAUUGGCCCAAAAAGGAUUGACGAGGACAAUUCAAGCACAAUUCGAUGCUGAAGCUACUGUUGCUGAGCGCUUCGCUGGGCUUUGCCUACGCUGGCGUUAUUGGACCCGGACCCUACUAUGGUGGACCAGCUAGACCCUUGCAUGGACCCUACGCAGCCUAUGGGCCACAUCAUGGACCACUGCCUGGUCCCUACGUGGCUCCAGCCCCCGCUCCCAAGCCCGCUGCUCCAGAGCCAUAUGAUGCCGAUCCCAAGUACUCCUUUGGCUAUGACAUCCAGGAUGGCUACACUGGCGAUCUGAAGAGUCAACACGAGACGCGCCACGGCGAUGUGGUCAAGGGCAGCUACUCGGUGGUCGAUCCCGAUGGCACCAAGCGUACCGUUGACUACACUGCUGAUCCACAUCAUGGCUUCAAUGCCGUGGUGCGCAAGGAGCCGCUCGCCUACAAGCCAGCAGCACCUGCUCCACAUGCCCUGGUGCCCGGACCGCCGCCUGCUCCUCCAUUGCCGGCUGUGCCUAAGCCUGCUCUGCCCCUGCUCUCGUAUCCUUACGCUCUGGGUCCUCUACAUCGUGCUGCACCCGCUCCAGCUCCUGCUCCCGCUCCAGCACCUGCACCAGCUCCGGUUCCCGUUGCUCCCGCUCAUCUGCCCACCGCUCACUUCCAUGCCGCUUACCCCGCACUCGCUCACAGUCCCUACGCACACUAUCCCGCUGCUCUGCCCGCUCCUGCUGCUGAUCCUCAUGCCUACUAUCAUCACUGAGACCGAGCGAAGUUUGGCGGUUAAAAGACGAUCUUCAAACUGUUCUCUAUCAUCUAUUUGCCUUGAUUCUCUUUCUCGCUUACUCUAUCAUUCUCUGUCUCUGUUCGACACGAAAAUCUGUUCUGCAAAUGGUCUAGUAUCUCCAUCUCCAUUAUUGUGUUCUUCAUUGAAUGUUUGUAAUCCACUCAUAAAUAUACACAAUGUUCACAUUACGCGGGCUUAAUCCAUAAGUUCUACUUAACCUUACUUUACAUAUAUAUCCAUAUAUUUGAUAUGUAUAUGUAUGCAUGUGUUGUAUUAUUCUUCAAGUAUAAGCUCAAAUUUCGAAACUUAGGUUAAUAAACUCGA